AUGGCGGGAGGAGGAACGACCUUAGAGUUCACGCCAACAUGGGUGGUUGCUCUCGUCUGCUCCGUCAUCGUCUCCAUCUCUUUCGCUGUCGAGCGUCUCCUCCAUCGUGCCGGAAAGCACUUUCAGAAGAACGACCAAAAACAGCUUUUUGGGGCAUUACAGAAGAUCAAGGAAGAACUUAUGUUGCUAGGGUUCAUAUCGUUGCUACUAUCAGUGAGCCAGUCUAAAAUAGCAAAGAUUUGCAUAUCAAAGGACUUGAGUGAAAAGUUUCUCCCUUGUGAUAAACCAAAGGAUGACAAAUCCCUCAAGGACUCCUCCCAUUUCCAGUUCAGCUUCACCGGCCGUCAUCUCCUCGCCGGAGAUUCCCCUGCCGGCGAUUACUGCUCCCAAAAGGGGAAGGUACCGUUAAUGUCGUUAUCAGCUCUGCACGAGCUUCAUAUAUUCAUCUUCGUAUUAGCUGUCUCCCACAUUAUUUUUUGCCUCUUGACCAUUCUUUUUGGUACCAUGAAGAUAAUGCAAUGGAGAAAAUGGGAGGAUCAAAUUUCAGAGGAGGACUACAACACAGACCAAGUGAUCCAGAAGAAAUUCACACACGUUCAAGAACACGAAUUUAUAAGGGGGCGAUUUCUUGGGGUUGGAAAAGCUGAUGCUUGCUUUGGAUGGUUGCAAUCAUUCAUGAAACAAUUUCUUGCCUCAGUCAAUAAAUCAGAUUACAUCACUAUGAGGCUAGGAUUUGUCACGACUCAUUGCAAGAGCAACCCAAAAUUCAAUUUCCAUAAGUAUUUAAUGCGUGCCCUUAACUCCGAUUUCAAGAAAGUUGUCGGUAUCAGUUGGUACCUUUGGGUAUUUGUGGUUCUCUUCUUGCUUCUAAACAUUGCUGCCUGGCAUGUUUACUUCUGGCUAGCUUUUAUUCCAUUGAUUCUUUUGCUUGCCGUGGGGACGAAGUUGGAGCAUAUCAUCACAGAUUUGGCUCAUGAAGUAGCAGAGAAACACAUUGCUGUGGAAGGAGAUUUGGUUGUCCGACCAUCAGAUGAUUUAUUCUGGUUUCAAAGUCCCCGGCUAGUUCUCUUCUUGAUCCAUUUCAUUCUUUUCCAGAACUCCUUUGAAUUAGCCUACUUCUUCUUUAUCCUCUUCCAAUAUGGAUGGGAUUCUUGCAUCAUGGGACAUGUCAAGUUCAUAAUUCCAAGACUCAUCAUCGGGGUAUUGGUUCAGCUUCUCUGCAGUUAUAGUACCUUACCGCUCUAUGCACUUGUCACUCAGAUGGGAAGUUCAUUCAAAGGUGCAAUAUUCAACGAGCAGACGCAGCAACAACUUGUGGGAUGGGCAAAAAUGGCUAAAAAGGGAGUGAAGAAAGGUUCAACUCACGCAGGUAGCAGUCAUGGUGGCAGUCCAAACCCUCUUGCAGCUACUCCUUCACCGCGGUCUAUUCAGUUGCAGUCGUUGCUAGGAAAAGGCUCGUCUCAACAAAAUCAGCACCUUGGGAAAACACCAGAAAUUGUUGAAAAAGAUUAACAAAAGCUUCCAUCAGACAAAAACAUCAUGAGACUUUGCUUAGUAUCUAAAACUGAUUUAACAGUGUUGUAAGAAAUAUGUCAUUGCUGAAUCUCUUUGUCAAUUGAUCAACACAUACAAUUUGUUUUCUAAACAAGCCUUUGUGUUUGGAAAAUC